CUCCACCUAUUCUAUCGAUGCACAUAUAAUUACACCGGAUAUCAACGCAGAACACAGAUCAAAGAGUUAGUUGUUCUAAAUUUUGAGAUUGCCUACAGAUUCGAUUAAAUUGGCAUUACGUUCUCGUAUGAUGCAAUUAUGGGGGAUAUGAUUGCAUGUCUGCUAUCGUUGUGUUGAGGGAGCAGCAACCCAAUCUGCUUAUCAUCUUUUGCGAUAGCGAAGCUCUGCAUUUUUUAUGGGAUGGAGGGGUUUUUCUUGUUUACCUCGGCCCUUUUGCAUAAGGAAGAGGAUUCCUUCUCCUUCCAUGACCUGCAUUCUCAAGAUCGCGUUUUCACAAGGCAAAAAAUGUUCACUUUUUCAUCACCCACAAGCGAUUUUCAUUCGCUACACGCACAGCAUUUCUUAAUAAGCUUAUUUACAUGUAUGCCAAAUCCGGAAGUUUGGUGGAUGCGCGUAAAGUGUUUGACCACAUGGAACAACGAGAUAACCUCUCAUGGAAUACAAUUAUUGCAGCGUACAGAAGACACGGGUACCCUCAAGAGACAGUCACACUGUUUCACCACAUGCAACAAACAGUUCUCCAACCGGAUCGAUUUACAUUUGCCACCGUACUCCCAACCUUCGCUAAAAUGGGAGCUUUGGAACAGGGUAUGAACAUCCAUCAAAGAAUAAAGGAUAAAGGGAUUUUGUCAGAUGUUGUAGUUGCAACUGCCCUGGUAGACAUGUAUGCAAAAUGUGGAAAAAUUGACAAGGCAAGUGAACUGUUUGACCGAAUGCCUGAAAGAAAUGUGUUCUCAUGGAAUGCCAUAAUUGCAGGAUAUACACAAAAUGGAUUUGUUGAAAAGACUUUAGAAACUUUCAGGCAAAUGCAAUUUGCGGGGGUAAAGCCAGACCCUGCAACCUUUGCCAGCAUCCUCCCUGCCUGUGCCAAAAUGGGAGCUUUGGAACAGGGUAUAGACAUCCAUCGAAGCAUAAAGGAUAGGAGCAUUUUAUCAGAUAUUGUAGUUGCAACUGCCCUGGUAGAUAUGUAUGCAAAAUGUGGAAGCGUCGACAAGGCACGUGAACUGUUUGACAAAAUGACUCGAAGAAAUGUGAUCUCAUGGAAUGUCAUGAUUGGAGGAUAUGCACAAAAUGGAUUUGUUGAGAAGGCUUUAGAAACUUUCAAGCAAAUGCAACUAGCAGGUGUAAUGCCAGACUCUGCAACCUUCGCCAGCGUCCUCCCUGCAUGUGCCAAAAUGGGAGCUUUGGAACAGGGUGUGGACAUCCAUCAAAGCAUAAUGGAAGGGGGAUUAUUGUCAAAUCUUAUAGUUGGAAAUGCUCUUGUAGACAUGUAUGCAAAGUGUGGAAGCAUAGACAAGGCACAUGAAUUGUUUGACAAAUUGCCUCAAAAAAAUGUGGUUUCAUGGAAUGCCAUGAUUGCAGGAUAUGCACAAAAUGGAUAUGUUGAAAAGGCUUUAGAAACUUUCAACCGAAUGCAAAUGGCAUGUGUAAAGCCGAAUUCCACAACCUUUGCCAGCAUCCUCCCUGCCUGUGCCAAAAUGGGAGCAUUAGAACAGGGUAUGGACAUUCAUCAGUGUAUUAUGGAAAGGGGAUUUUUGUCAGAUAUUCGAGUUGGAAAUGCUCUCGUUGAUAUGUAUGCAAAAUGUGGAAGCAUAGACAAGGCACGUGAAUUGUUCGACAAAAUGCCUCAAAAAAAUGUGGUCUCAUGGAAUGUCAUGAUUGCAGGAUAUGCACAAAAUGGACUUUGCAAAGAUGCUCUCAAAAUCUUUGAAUUAAUAGAGCACUCUGGGACAUAUCCUGACACUGUAAGCUUUGCUUGUGUUCUAUGUGCAUGCAGCCAUGCAGGUUUAGUGAAUGAGGGCUGUACAUUCUUCAAUCACAUGAGUGACCCCUAUUGCAUCACACCUACAGUUGAUCAUUAUGUGUGCAUGGUUGAUCUACUUGCCCGUGCUGGCUAUCUUGAGGACUGCCUAAACUUUAUCAUUAAGAUGCCGCUAAAACCUGUGGUGGGUCUGUGGAUGAGUUUUCUUGGUGCUUGUAGAGCACAUAUGAAUAUAGGCUUGGGAGUAUUUACGGCGUUGCUGCUUCUUGAUUUGGAUCCAGAAAAUGCUGCAACUUAUGUUCUUCUCUCAAACAACUAUGCAAAAGCGGGAAGGUGGAGUGAGGUUCAAAUAGUAAGAAGAUUGAUGAAAGAUAAAGGAAUUAAAAAGAUCCCUGGAUGUAGUUGGAUUGAAGGCCAUAAAACGGUACAUGUUUUUUGUGUAGGGGACAGAUCACAUCCACAGACACAGGAAAUUUAUGCAAAGUUAGAGAAAUUGGAUUGGGAGAUGAAGGCAGCAGGGUAUUUUCCGGAUUCAAGGCAUUUACUCAAUGAUGUGGAAGAGGAGGAAAAAGAAUUAUUUCUAUGCUACCAUAGUGAAAAGUUGGCAAUUGCGUUUGGUUUGUUAAACACUCCUCUUGGAUCAGCUAUUAGAGUUGUUAAGAACCUACGAAUAUGUGCUGACUGCCACAUUGCAACGAAAUUUAUCUCCAAGAUUGUUGGAAGAGAAAUUAUCGUAAGAGAUGCAAACCGUUUCCAUCACUUUAAGGAGGGAGAAUGUUCUUGUGGAGAUUAUUGGUGAUGAUAAAUGAAAGAGUCUUAAAAAAAAAUAGGCUUGCACUAUAAUAAUGAUAAUGUGCACUGUUACACCGCAAAAAAAAAAUUUAAAAGUUUUUCUAACUUUUUUUUGUUUGUUUUUGUUUUGAGCAUUUGACAAGCUAGAUUAUGUUAUUGGCUUUGUAAAAUCGCAUGCAUAGAGUUCAAUGCAGA